CUCAUAUCAAAUCUCACGUGUAUUAGAAAAUCAUCCCAACAUCUUCUUUCAUCUCUUUCUAACCUAAAUCGCUCUCAUUACGCUAUCUCACUUACCCCAUGUUGGCAUCAAUCCAUUACUACAUCUUGUCAAAUCAAAUCGUUUAAAUUAGGUUAUGUUGUAAAAAAGCCGAUAUAAAAUGAGUCUUUUCUUAAGAAAUUUCCCAAGUUUAAUUGUAAAAACGCAUAAAAUUAAAUCAUUUCCUUCCGUACGAAAGUUUUUAUCGCAGGCGUAUUUUUGUAGCGAACAUUGGGAGCAUCGUUUAAAAGAUCCAAUUUUACAAAAAGUUAAUGUUGAAGAUUUUUAUCAAGAUUUAGAAUUAAGGCACUCAAAAACUGGUAAAAUCAGCGCGAUAGAUGUAGAUAUAUUCGCAAAUGCCGUAAAAGAAGAUACUUAUAUUGAAGAACUCUUAGAUUUAGUUCACAAAUUAAGAUUAAGUGCCGAUACACAAAAUACAUUAAAUUCAACAUCACACGCUGUUAUUAGAUAUUUAAACAAUACAAAUAACGAUGAAGUGUUGUUAAGAGUAUUAGAUGAUCGGUUAAACUACGGAAUUUUCUUAGAUUACCAUAUUGCCAAUUUAUUAAUGUUUGAUUAUUAUAAAAAGGGUCUUUUUGCGAAUGGAGCAAGAGUAGCAGCAAAUUUAAUGUUACAGGAAGAAUUCGAGAGUCCAUUAUCAAUUAAUUUGGGAUUAUUAAAUUGUUACAACUACCUAAAAGACCCUAAAGGUUGGCCUGAACUUGAAAAAAUUGAAGAACCAGAAGAAGAAGUUAAAAUUCGAGUUAAAUAUUUAAGAAAUCCUUUUGAUGAUGAUCAUUUUGAUCUUACAGCACCAAACAAAAUCAUUGGAAAAACUUUAAUUACAUUCACUAAAAAUCCUGAAAGCGUAUUAGAAAAAUCUUUACAUUUACUUGGAUUAAUUUUAUAUGAAAAGCUUGAUAAAUCAAAAGACUUCUCAAAUAAACUCGAUAAAAUCCACUCUGACAUUUUAAAACUAAUCCCAGAUGACAAUGAAAUUAAGAAAUUUUUUGUGGAAAUUCCCCAAGAUUCUGAAGAUGUACAAACUCUUUUGGAGCAGCGAGUUAAAGAUUCUGAAAGGAAAAUGGGGGAACGAGAUAUUUCUAAUCAAUGUGACCUUUAUAAUAAAUGGAUUGAAGAGAGGAAAAAGUCGCUUUUGGAACAGAAUGAAAGGAUUAGAUCCGAACAACGAUUACUAGAUGUUGAAACACUCAAAAAAGAUUUACAAGAACGCGAAACUAAAUUGUGGUUCUUUGAAAAUGAGGAGAAAAUCGAAUUGGAGAUUCUUGCGAAAAGUCAAAUGCAAAAACAGAAUGAAUCUGUUGAGGAAAAAAAAGUUUCUGAGAAAAAAGAGGAUUUAAAGAAAAAGAAAGGGUUGAAGUAAUAUUGUAAUUUAAUAAAU